CAACGCUUGGGCUCAUCGGUCAGCGCAAGCACGAUUACAUUUUUUGGUGCUCCGUACCGCAUACCAUCAAGACAAAACCGGAUGUUCCUUUCACUUAUCAUACAUCAGCUCUAGCUUCUCGCUAUAGUCGCCGACACCAUGGCCACUACAAAACGCCGGUCCGCCCAGAACGAAAUCUCACCUGGCGAUAGCAAUAGCGACGAGGGUCACCAGAGGAAGAAAGUAAAACCUGCUACUGCACGGCCGCCGACCACCACACAGGAACCCAAUACAGAUUCAAAUGGCGACCCGUACUGGGAGAUUUCACGUCAACGACGCGUCACUGUUUCGACUUUCAAAGGUAGAACAAUGAUCAAUGUGCGGGAAUACUAUGAGAAGGAUGGGCAGGAUUUACCCGGUAAAAAGGGAAUUUCUAUGACCUUGGAACAGUUCAAUGCCCUCGUCAGUUUGCUGCCCGGCAUUGAGGAUGUUGUUAGACAGAAAGGCGGUGUCAUUGAAAGACCGAAAUACGGCGACAGCGGGGAAGAAACCGACGAGGACAUGCAGGUGGAGAAGGCAGAGACGGCUAAAAAGAUCAAGAUCUCACCCGAGAAAAACAUUGAAGCAACAAGUGAGGAGAGUGAGGGAGAAAACUGAAUGGUCUCCUUGAUCAAAGUCAUGUUUGCGGCGUCAUGGAAUCUUUGCACUUUGGAUUCACGUUAUCAAUCUCACGGUGUUCACAGGGAAUUGGCCAGGUUACUUCUAAAGUUGGUAUAUCAAAUACACACUUUUCAUUCACCUCCAGCGCUCCGUUAUCGUCUAUUCUGGUGCUACCCAAUGUGCCAUGCAACCCUCUCACAUGCUGGUUUCCUGUGUUUCAGUACGGCUUGCCCAUGAUCCUCCCUUCCAUGCAUGUCGAGGAUCUUGUUCCCUCCGGAUCGUUUUUUGAGAUCCAGGCGUUCCCCACCCACCACCUCCAGGCGUGUUGACAAUGAUUCUUUCGCCUGGUUUCAUUUGUGCAGUGUUCUUCGCGCCCAAAUUUACACGUCUUUCUUCCCAAGUUUCAGGACUAUCCUUCCUGGGAACUUUACGAACCCAGAUAUUUUGCCCACAUUGAGCGUCCUCACCUCCGUUGAGGCCAUAAGGAUGAUAAACCCUACGCUCCGAAAGGAUGGACACCUGAACCGGGAUUCUGAACUCGAUGUCUCGGAUUACUCCAUCACCGCCGCGGUGCUGGCCUUCCCCCCCGGACCCCGGUCUUAUGCUAAAUUCCCGGAGCAGGACGGGGUAUCGGCGCUCGAAGACCUCGGCAUCCGUGAUGCGAGUGUUCGUCAUGUGGGUGUGCACGCCCGAUGUGCCUUCCCAGUCCGGACCGGCGCCGCUGCCGCCGGCAAUCGUUUCAUAAUAACCGAAUCCCUUGGUGGCUGUUCCGCCGUUGAGAUUGCCUCCGAAGCCGAACGUCAGGUUGUUUGUGUCUCCCUGUGAUGCGGCGCAGGCCUGGAAACAUUUCAGAAUAACGUC